UUAUACAAUACUCAAAAAACAGCUGAUUUUUGUUGAUAGCCGCUGGACAAAACGAAAUAUCAAGAAUUGGAUAAUAAGUAAUAAUUAUAAUUUGUGCGAGUAAUUAAGAGAUUGCAUUGUAUAUCAACAUGGGCACCUGGGUAUUGGAGGUAGCCAAAAUGGGCAUGUACAUGACGUUCCCAGUUGCACUGUUUCACAUAUUCAAUCAGCCUGAAUACUUUGAGGAGUGGGUGACCAAGAAGAAGCGGGAGCUUUAUCCACCGGAAAGCAAGAGCCAUCACGAGGAACUGCAACGGGCCAUACGUGAGCACCACCAGAAGCACGAUGCAGCAAUGAUGCGCGCCAUGGAGGAGGCAGAACGCAAGAAGUAAAGCUUUGUCCGACGCCGUCACAUUGCUAAAUAUAUUUGAUAUCAGAAUUUAGAUUAUAUAAGACAAGUGGCAUCAAAAGUGGCAAUGUCUCAUUGAAUAAAUAUGUAAUUAAAUAUUUCGCCGUUGUAACUGCGUCACAUUUUCGUUAAACCAGCUAUUAAACGAGUGUAAAUAAACAAAUGUGUGAGGUUAUCUUUCAAUGUUUACCUCCGCUUAUAUUUUAACGG